AUAUUCUGUGGUACUGUCUUUCCGGAUUUGUUGCAAUUGAGUUGAAGCGUUUGUAUCUGAGAACAACCCAUGUCCAAUCUGCCGAGACCUCGACUUCCAGUGUUUUCUCGUGGUUGCAACAGCGUCAAGUUAAUUUCACCAUCAUCUGUCAUCCAAUACUUUGCCAAUCAACUGUAAUGGUGGAGCCUCUAAUGUACUUGCCUUUUGAGACGUUCGUCGACACCGGUUUUUGGCAUCUAUUGGCAAAGAAGAAACUAGACGAGUACAGGCUGUCUGAGGGACCGUUCGGUAUUUCAGCCGAAUUCUCCAAUACACUAGCUGCUGGACUCACCCCUCGAGUGUCGGUUGACAUAUCUGCAUUCCCCGAUAAUGCUGUCAAAAGGAUCACCGGUCCCGCAUACCGUAUACAGGGAAAAAUGACCACUUUUAAUAGUCUCGAUGAAUUCAAAAAUUUUGAGAAGCAGCCGUUUAUUAAUAAAUGCGGUCAAGCCAUGUUCAAGGUAGCAUUAGAGGAUAAUGAGUAUCUGAGAGACCCAGAAAAGCUUAUGGAUUUCCAACUGCUCACUUAUUGUGACCUCAAGCACUACAAGUUCUACUUUUGGUUCGCAUAUCCCGCGGUGAUCUCCGAUCCACAACCUGUGCUUCUCGGAUCACGGCUUCUUGAUGAGGAGUUUUCGGAAUCUGCUCUCACGAAACUUCUGGUCGCCUAUGAUUUGUGGCGUCAAGAGCACAGGAGUGCUUUUUUUGCCAUAAAGGCGGAGAAAAGUAUGAAUGGUUCCACAGAUUUUCAUAUCGUCUCAUGUGCUGGGAUGCGUUUGGAUGACCCUCACAUUUAUCUGGCCUUCUGUGAUCCAUCCACUCAUGGUUGUUACCCGGGAUGGCCUCUGCGUAACAUGUUAUUUGCUCUCUCAGCUACUUUGGUUCAAGAUAAACAAAGACUACGAGUUGUGUGUUUCAGAGAACGGUUUUAUCAAGGUCAACGCAGCUGCAAUCACAGUUUGGUACUGCAAGUGGAACUGUGUGCCGUUAAGAGCUCUUCAUUCACUCAGUUUGUUGGAUGGGAAAAAUGUGACAAUCAGCUUAAACCCCGUUUCGUCAACCUCAGUGCCAGCAUGGAUCCACUCAGGCUUUCGGAAUCCGCCAUUGAUUUAAAUUUAAAACUAAUGAAAUGGCGUUUGGUGCCUGACCUCAGGCUUGAAACUGUGCGUGAAACGAAAUGCCUGUUGAUUGGAGCUGGGACACUAGGGUGCAAUGUUUCUCGCCAACUACUCGCCUGGGGCGUUCGUCACAUCACUUUUGUUGACAAUGCCAACGUCUCUUUGUCUAAUCCCGUACGACAGUCGUUAUUCGUGUUUGAAGAUACAAAGAACGGUGGGAGUCCCAAAGCGUCAGCAGCGGCACAUGCGCUGUUAAAGAUUUCGCCCGGCGUCACCACCGAAGGUUUCCAGCUUUCUAUACCGAUGCCUGGACAUCCGGUCAGUAACCGGUCGAACGAAACUGCCACUUCAGAGGUAUUGCCUAAUAAACUAGGACUCCCUAUUACGGAUCUCAAACUUCCACCUAGAGUUCUCGAUUCGUACAUAGCAUGCAGUCGUUUGAGUGAGCUUAUUUCUUAUCAUGAUGUUGUUUUUUUGCUAACUGAUACACGUGAGUCGAGGUGGCUCCCAACGUUAUUGGCAAACGUUCACGGUAAGUUGGUUAUCAAUGCCGCCCUUGGAUUCGAUACCUAUCUUGUUAUGAGACACGGUCGAGCUCCCCCUGGUGUUUCACCUGGAAUCUAUAAAAAACAAACACAUACCACCACUUCACCCACAACUGAAGGAGAUACAUCCGUACAUAUCCCUCCCAAACCGUCGGUCGACGGCGGCAACCUCGGUUGCUAUUUUUGCAAUGACGUUGUUGGUCCGACUAAUUCGACACAAAACCGCAGUCUAGAUCAGCAGUGCACCGUAACCAGACCGGGUGUCUCUUUGAUAGCUUCCGCUCUAGCGGUGGAACUUUUGGUCAACGUCCUUCAACACCCAAAAGGCCCCGAAGCUCCUGCUGCAACCUCAAUUGACGCAUUGAAUGGUAAUCCCUCCCCCGUCCAUAGUUCCUUCGGCCUAGUCCCACAUCAAAUUCGUGGUUUCCUUCCCUACUUUGGCAAUGUUUUACCUGCCACUUCGGCAUUCUCUCAUUGUUCCGGAUGUUCACAAGCUGUACUGGAUGCCUAUCAAAUGGAUGGUUUCCGCUUUCUCCUCCGUGUUUUCGAUGAUGCAGACUACUUGGAGCUCGUGUGCGGACUCAAACAACUUCAUCAGCAAACGGAAAGUCAAUGGUCUUCUUUGAAGAAGUUACGAGUGGCUAUUCAGCGCCAAACGACUAACGUUUCAGAUGUCACCUGCCAAAGGUGUCUCGAAAAAGGUCAUUGGACAUUUCAGUGUAAAGGAAAGCGGAAAUAUUUGGAACGCGAGUCCUAUACGUGCAAGCUUGGAAAAAAACUAGAGAGCAUUCAACAGAAAAAAGCUCGCUCCAAAGCUUCUAGACACCGACAAUCGUCUUCCUCAUCAUCCACAUCGUCUUCAUCGGAUCAAAGUUCUACAGAGUCAUCCGAUUCCUCAGACACAGAGACCUUCGCUUCAAACGGAUCCUCAUCAUCACAGAGUGACAGUGAUGACGAUAGUGCUUCGUCAGGAACCGAGUCCUCAGAUUCAGCCAGUGAAAACAGUGAACCUUCUGAUCGAUAUUCCUACCUGAUGCGACUCCUUGACUUACAACGUCAGACAACCCAGACGAUCGAGGCGGGAGAACCAUCGCGUGCUGGGGACCCGGUAGAUUCAGAAGUUAGUUCCACCGAGCGCCUGUGGGAUGUCUUCAAAGCAUUCUUACAAGGGUCAGAUGAGUCACUCAAUCUGUCGCCUUCUAGGAUCGAUUCUUCCUCGGUUGAUGUAGACAAGUUCUAUUCCUUUCUAAUUCACGAUUGGUCCACUCAAAUAUCCAGAAGGUUUUGUUCUGUGGUUUUGCUAUAUUCGGUUAUCUCUUAUUUCUAUGCUACUAACCCGGUUCAUCUAUUUCUUCCACAAUACCAGUUAAGAGAACUCAUGUCAACCGAAAUGCGAAACAAGGACGAUUCUGCCUUUCAGCUAGUAAUCUCAAAACUUCUGAACAAGCUCACCUCGGACAAUGUACCAUCUUUCAUCGUAUUUCUUGUCGAACAGAGUUUGCAUGUCUAUCUGUGCAACUCACGAAACGCUUUACCACACUCCCUUGCUGGUGCUAUCUCAGGAUUACUAGAUUCAUCCAACGGCAAGAACUUUGUUUUUGAUUCCCUUUUGCCCACGAUACUACUUGUCACUGGGAGUGCUUAUGCAGAUUUUGCUUUAAAUUUACUGGAGACGGCGGAACCGGAGUCUCAUCUCAAACUAUUGCGGGUUCUAUGCGUUCGUCAGGCACUUUGGCCAACCGACCUAUAUAGAGUUCUACAAGCCAUGCUUAAUCGAGGACUUCAGUCAUUGAGAAGUUCGGUGUUUGUUUCACUCCGCCUUGUUCGCACCUACUGUUUAUAGAAAACCACAUACUACUCACUUGCGUCAUCAGUAGUAUCCACCGUUACGCUAGUAUCAGAUGUGUGUACGAAAAAUCUGUAUAGCUUCCGUAUUUUGAUGUCUUUGACUUUCCAGCUAAAGGAGACAUUCAUUUGUUCUCUGUUUAAUGAGGACGUGAUACGUUUGGUUAUUCAUGCUUUCGACACACAGUUGACAAUUAGUGAAGAGCUACAUACAUCCGUCCAAUUCGCGAAUCUAGUGAUUUACGUCUUGCGGAAUCAUGCAGCUU